AUGCCAACCAAGCUCUCAAUCUUGGUGUUCGUCGCCUCCCCACUCGACUACGCUAGAUACAGACACGCAUCGCUGUAUUUGGAAUUUGAACACGCACACGAAACCGAGGCAAAAAAAGCCAAUCUCAAGCCCGGUGACUCAAAUACAAACACGGAAGAUGAUAUCAAGUCUUCAGUGAUGGAGGUGGUCGGGUCACCGGGGUAUUUUAGCUUUUAUGAGCGAGUGAAUACUUCGCCCGUUGCGGCUACUGGCCUUGCAAAGUCUGUUUAUGUGGCCUCUAUACCAGACAGUGUCCCCGUGUCGUCAUUGCGGGCGACGAUAUCAGGCACCCCGGUCGCGGAUCAAGGUGACUGGAAUAGUCAGAAUUGGGUUGGUGAUGCACUAGGACGAUUAGUUACCGCGGGCUAUAUGGAUGCCGAGGAUAAAGAUCGUGGGUUAGACGAUAUGGUGGAUGUUAUACUAGAGGCGAAGGAUGAGGAGAUUGCAUAA